AUGGCCUGGAUCGGCAAUUCCUCCUGGUUUAAUCACCUUGCUCUGCAGGAACAUUUCAGGAGGUACUUAAACAGCACUGAGGAUUAUUUAGCCUUCCUAUGUGGGCCCAAACGCAGCCAUCUGUUCUUGCCUAUGGCUCUGGUGUACUCUGUGAUCUUCGUUGUUGGGGUGAUUGGUAACUUCUUAGUUUGCCUGGUGAUCCUUACUCACCGGAACAUGAAGACCCCAACCAACUACUACCUCUUCAGCCUUGCCGUGUCAGACCUGCUUGUGCUACUUUUUGGGAUGCCUCUGGAAGUCUACGAGAUGUGGAGCAACUACCCCUUCUUAUUCGGUCCCAUCGGCUGCUAUUUCAAGACAGCUCUCUUUGAGACGGUGUGCUUUGCCUCCAUCCUCAGCGUCACCACAGUCAGCGUGGAGAGAUACUUUGCCAUCCUCCAUCCCUUCCGUGCCAAGCUGGAAAGCACUCGCAAGCGUGCCCUGAGGACCAUCGUGGUGCUCUGGGUCCUCUCCAUCCUCUUUGCCCUCCCCAACACAGGCACCCAUGGUAUCAUGCUGCAGUAUUUCCCCAACGGCACCCUGGUCCCUGGCUCUGCCACCUGCACUGUGGUCGUGCCCAUGUGGAUCUACAACUGGAUUGUCCAGAUUACUUCCUUCCUCUUCUAUGUGCUGCCUAUGGGGGUCAUAAGUGUGCUGUAUUAUCUGAUGGGGCUAAGACUGAAAGGAGACAGAUCUUUGGAAGCAGAGGAAAUGUCCAUGAAUGUUCAGAGGCCAUCCAGAAAAUCAGUCACCAAGAUGUUGUUUGUUCUUGUGAUGGUUUUUGCUGUCUGCUGGGCUCCAUUCCAUAUAGAUCGCCUUUUCUUCAGCUUUGUUGUGGAAUGGACUGAGCCUCUGGCUAAUAUAUUCAAUUUAAUUCAUGUGGUGUCAGGCGUUUUCUUCUACCUGAGUUCUGCUGUGAAUCCCAUCAUCUACAACCUGCUGUCCCAGCGCUUCAGGAUGGCAUUCCUCAGCGUCAUCUCCCCUGGCUGCAAGCUCUGGGCCCCUAAGCAUGCUGCCAGCAAGACUGCUGCCCAGCAGAGCAUCUUCAUGGUCGAAGACCACAAUCUCGUGGACUCUGCAGAUGACACAAGCAUGCCUGGCACCAACAGGACAUCUGUCAGCAGUUCUCAGCUCUCCACUGGACUGUGA